UUUAUGUGAUCCAUCACAACUCACAUUAAUGGCGAAUAAUCCUUUCAUUCAACAAUACUACCCCACCUCCGGCUCAGAUUGCUCGCCGGAAUCCUCUUACUCAUGGGAUGAACUUCUUUUCCAACACAACUCACUCCCUUUCAAUCUAAACGAUUCUGAAGACAUGCUUCUCUUUGAAAUGAUCGCGUCAAACCAAACGACAGAUCAAUCGUCUGAGUCGAAUUCCUCCACCGCCCGAGUUGUGAAGGAAGAAGAAGUCAGCUCCAAAACCAAACCUGAAAUAUCUAAAAAACAGAAAUCGUAUAGAGGAGUGAGAAGGCGGCCGUGGGGGAAGUUCGCGGCGGAGAUACGCGAUUCCACAAGGCAUGGAAUCCGGGUUUGGCUCGGGACGUUUGACAGUGCCGAAGCAGCCGCGAUGGCGUAUGAUCAGGCCGCAUUUGCGAUGAGAGGGACUGCAGCGGUGUUGAAUUUUCCUGUGGAGAGUGUGAAGGAGUCAUUGGAGGAAAUGAAAUAUGGAUUUGAAGAAGGGUGUUCGCCGGUGAUGGUGCUAAAGAAACGCCACUCAAUGAGGAAAAAACCGGUUAGUAGAAAAAAUAAAAAAGUUGUAGGAGGGGCUACAAAUAAUAUUGUGGUUUUUGAGGAUUUGGGGGCAGAGUAUCUUGAACAGUUACUGACAUGCUCGGAAAGUACGAUGAAUCAUUAAUGACUUCUGGUUUUGUGGUCGGAAAUCUUAGACUUAGGGUGUAGAGGGGAUUGGGUUUGGAUCAUUGCUUGAUACAUAGUAAGUGUGGGAUCCACAAAGUAAUACUCAAAAACUAGGGUGUGGUGUGGCUUAACUUGUCGUGCCCAGCCAUGUGAACUUUUUUUUGGUUUGACAACGGCUACCCUCAAUGGCUAGAUCGAACUAGCCAACCAAAGCCAAACAUGUCACCUACUCCCACCCUACAGUCUUAAGGUGUCCUUCCUCGUACCUACGAUCUAAAAGGAUCUUGAUUUGUUUCAUAAAUCUAUGUUACCAUUUGUAUCUUCAUCUCUUUGUAAAUUUUAUGUUUAGAUAAUUAGAUACCUUGAUGAGCAAA